AUGCUCAAGAGGCGAAUACCACCAUUUACGCUUUCAGUCUCCAGCAUUAUUGUCGAAGAGACUAGCAUAAAAGAUUGGGAAUAUGGUGCCAUCAAUCAGUUGGAGCAAGUAUUCCUGAGAGGUACAGAGCAUGAGCGUUCCUUCACCGCGAUUACACAAGAGAAGAUGCGCGCUCCGCAUCGGGGCGAAAUGCUUGACCCUGGGAUCUCUACUGUGAAAGAGAGAUCACGCCAGAAGUCCAGUUGA